UUACAUUUGCAAUGAGAAAAGAAGAUUUUAUGUCUUUGUUAGCAACAGAGUUCAGCGAAUAAGAAGAUCCUCUCUCCCUGAACAAUGGCACUAUGUGUCAACAGAGAGCAAUCCAGCUGAUCUGGCCACAAGAUCUGUAUCAGCAGCACACCUGAAAGAUACUAUGUGGUUCACAGGUCCACCCUUCUUGAGUCAUUCUCACCACUUGAAACUAGAGACUGAAACCUUUACAUUAGUGUAUCCGGCUCAAGAUACAGAGAUUCGUCCACAAGUUACAACCUUGAGUACAACAUCCAAAGGUAAAGAACUAGGGUCUGAACGUUUUUGCAGGUUCUCUAGCUGGAAUACUUUGACGAGAGCAUUAGCACGCCUCAUUCAUGUAGCGCAUCUGUUCAAACAAAAAAGAGACAGCCAACUUGAUCAUUGUAAGGGCUGGCACCUUUGCAAAGAACUAAACUUGGUGCAUGACUUUAAGAAAGCUAGAACAGUCAUCAUACAGAAUGUUCAAAAAGAGACUUUUGCAAAAGAAAUACAGAGCAUUUUAGAAAAGGAAGGCAUGCCAAAUGAUAGUCCUCUCAGAGCAUUGGACCCUUUCAUAGAUGAAAAUGGACUACUGAGAGUAGGUGGUCGCUUGAGAAAUGCAGACCUAGGACCAGAAGAAAGGAAUCCAAUUAUUGUGCCUGGUCAUCACUACAUUGCUACCCUCAUUGUUCGUCACUAUCACAUCCAGUCGCAACACCAAGGGCGCCACAUUACAGAAGGAGCCGUCCGCUCAGCAGGAUACUGGAUAACAGGAGGAAAGAGAUGUGUGAGUAGUCUCAUCUUUAAAUGUGUCAUAUGCAAGAAGCUCAGAAAUACUUGCGAAACACAAAAAUGGACACUUCAAGCUUUAUAAAUUCUUUCAGAAGGUUUUUUGCUAUACGUGGUCAAGUCAAAACUAUCAGAUCUGAUCGUGGUACCAACUUCGUUGGAGCAUGCCGUGAACUUGGAAUCUCUUCCAACCUUAACUAUGAAGAGAUAGAAAGUUUCCUUUCCAAACAAGAGGUGUGUUGGAUCUUUAAUCCUCCUCAUGCCUCCCACAUGGGAGGUGUGUGGGAAAGAAUGAUAGGAGUUGCAAGAAGAAUAUUAGACUCCAUGCUUCUACAGUUACCUUCAAAACUCUCUCAUGAGGUUCUCAUUACUCUAAUGGCAGAAGUGACUGCAAUAGUGAACUCAAGGCCUCUGACCCCAGUCUCAUCAGAUCCUGAGGACCCACAAAUACUCACUCCAGCUACACUGUUGACUCAGAAGUUUGCAUCUCAUCCUGUACCUUCUGGGAACUUUGAUGGUAAAGAUCUCUAUAAAAGACAAUGGAGACAGGUUCAAAGCCUAGCCAAGGUCUUCUGGGACCGGUGGCGCAAACAGUAUCUAUCUACCCUGCAGGUAAGAAGGAAAUGGCAAUCAGAUAGACCUAACAUCAACGCAGGAGAUCUUGUCCUUCUAAAAGAUCAACAUACCAAGAGGAAUGAAUGGCCUAUGGGUCGUGUAACAAAGACUUUCCCUGAUAAAGAUGGCAAAGUUCGCAAAGUAGAAAUAAAGAUUGCCAGAGAUGGGAGUUCUACAUUAUUCUUCAGACCAGUGACAGAGCUCAUCCUUCUUCUUCAGUCUGAAGACCCUGCUCCCUGAUUGGACUAGAAUUAUUGUGGUGAUCUUACAGACACCAGGCGGGGAGUGUACUGUUAGGACAGUUAUAUGUCUUUUCAUUUGAUUACAGGUAUGAGCAGUCCUUCAGCUCCAUCUACUGGACACUUGUAGAUAUUUCCUGGUGUUAGUUAUUUGUUUAAUAAAGUUAGUUAUUGACCUCUGAUGUCAUAACUCCAGGUCACAGGAAGUAGGUGUUUCCAGCCUGUGCAGUUCAUCUCAUGUGCUUUCAGCUUUCUCCAUGCUAAACAGGCCCUAUGCAGCAUUGUUGUUUUACCCUUUCAUCUUUAAAUACCCAUUAAACAAGUUAACAACUUACACAGUGUGGUGCUUUGAAGAAGGGUUAUCUGCCUGUCAAUCUUACUUCAGACAGUGAGCAGGACAGAACAGUAGACAACAUCACGCAUAGCUGAUGCAAUACAGC